AAUUCUCUGAUAUUGUAAUUUGGAAGAAUUCAAUUUUGAUUUUAGUCUUCACAUCUCUGUGUUGUUAGGGACAAGAGAGUAUGGCAGUGGAAGGAUCUCCAUUGAAGCUCUACUCUUUCUGGGCCAGCACUUGUGCCCAACGUGUUCGAAUUGCCCUCAACAUCAAACGUUUUUAUUCAUUUUUUUCCCUUUUCUCUUCUUCUUUUUCUUUAUUUCUUUCUUAUUUUGUUCAUCGUUUUUCUUACUUUUCAGGGCUAAACUUUGAGUACAGAGCUGUUGAUAUUUUGAAUGGAGAGCAUUUGACUUCUGACUAUCUAAAGCUCAAUCCUGUUGGUUUUGUACCUACUCUUGUGGAUGGGGAUAUUGUUAUCGCUGACUCUUUUGCUAUAAUAAUGUAUUUGGAGGAAAAGUAUCCUCAACAUCCUUUGUUGCCUAGUGAUCUUGUUAAAAGGGCUAUUAAUUUCCAGGCUGCAAAUAUUGUUUCUUCAAGCAUACAACCUCUUCAAAAUUUAAUUGUUGAGAAAUACAUUGAGGAAAAAUGUGGUGUAGUGGAGAAACUUUCUUGGGUUCACAUGAUAAUUGGAAAAGGUUUUUUAGCACUCGAAAAAUUGCUAACAGUUCAUGCUGAAAAAUAUGCUACUGGAGAUGAAAUUUAUCUGGCAGACUUGUUUUUGGCACCUCAACUUCACCGUGCCAUUGAAACAUUCAAUGUUGACAUGUCCAAGUUUCCACUUCUAUCAAGGUUGUAUGAGGAAUACAAGGAGGUAUCAGCAUUUCAAGAUGCAGCUCCAGAGAACCAAACCGAUGCUCCUGCUCAAAACUCUUGCUAAAUUUAACAAUGGUUUUUUAAUGAAUUUGUAGAAUUUUCCAUUUUGGAUGAUCAUUUGAACUUUUUUGGUUUGUUGUUCUUUUUGCAAGCUUAGGGUAUACUUGAUGAUGGGAUUUGUCUAGUGUGGUUAAUAUUUUGUGCACUCUAUUGCACUUUUUAUUGUUCUUGUAGGAGGGGCAACUAUGAUGUCUUCCUUCGUAGCUGUGUGUCUAAGAAAACAACUUUUAUCCAAUUAAGUCUCAUACUCAUUUAAUAAAACUCGACAUAAAUUAGCUAACUA